AGUAAACAUUGUCCACAUUUCCGUUAUAUAUCCUGUUCUUGAGGUUGGACUUUAGUUUGCGCAUGUUUUGUUCUUUUAUUUAACAUCUAACGUAUAAUCGGCUCUCGCUAUGAGUGCAGUGAUUCCUCGGAUAGAGCAGCUGUCCUCUAGAGUUGUUCGGAUCCUGGGCUGUAACCCGGGGCCGAUGACCCUGCAGGGGACCAACACGUACCUGGUCGGCACUGGGCAAAGGCGAGUGCUGAUAGACACCGGAGAACCUGCUGUGCCUGAAUACAUCAGCAGUCUCAAACAGGCUCUGAAGCAGUUCAACACCAGCAUCCAGGAGAUCAUCGUCACACACUGGCAUCAAGACCACACGGGCGGCGUGGAAGACAUCUGCAGGGACAUCACUGGUUCUGAGGUCCGGGUCAGCAAACUGCCUCGCUCCAGCCAAGUCCCAGAGACGGCUGGAAACAAAAGCUUUACUUAUCUAAAAGAUGGAGAUGUUGUCCUGACGGAGGGGGCCACACUCAAAGUGCUGUUCACCCCGGGCCACACGGACGACCACAUGGCCUUGCUGCUGGAGGAGGAGCGGGCUCUCUUCUCUGGAGACUGCAUCCUGGGCGAAGGCACGGCCGUGUUUGAGGAUCUCUACGACUACAUGAGAUCUCUGAAGAUGCUGCUGGACUCUCAGGCUAACUUCAUCUACCCGGGUCACGGACCUGUGGUUAAAGAUGCUGGCUCUAAGAUCCGACACUACAUCAGCCACCGGGACCAAAGAGAGCAGCAGAUCCUGGCGGCCAUUCAGGACGGAGCAGGGAAGCCUUUCUCCUCCAUGGAGCUCGUCAAGAUCGUCUACAAGGAAACUCCUGAAUACCUGCACCAAGCAGCGAAUGUGAACCUGGUCCAUCACUUAAAGAAACUGGAGAAAGAAGGCAAGAUCUGCCUGGUGAACGCAUCAUCCAACACCACAUGGAAGAGUAACCUGUGAUGUCCAAAGAGGCCGUGAAGAAACGAACUCGUGUUAACCGUUCAGCAGCGAUAAUGAAAACCAGCCGGUCGACGGUUCAUAAUUUUCUAAAAUGUUUAGAGUCUAAUACUUUUUAGAUCUGUGGGUUCACACAUGUGUUAAUGACGGUGGUCACACAUGAUGCCUCGGGUGUUUCCUGACUCCCCAGGACUGAGCUGCAGCUGAACUUGUCUGCGGCACACUGAAAGAGUAGCUCCGUCCUUCCUUCUAAGUAUCUCUUCCCCAAGUUUCUCAGACGGCGCUGUUGUUGACAUCAAACAAAUAUUGUAGCCUUUGCUUAAAUUAGAAGACUAUCUACGGCUGUGGCUCUAAAGCAUCCAGAGAAUAAUCCUGAACAGCCAUUUGAUUCAUAAAAUAGUUGUUUUAUUCGUGUAGUUUGGUCCACAAUCCUGGCUUCUGUUCUCCUGCUUCUUUAGGUUCUUUAACUCCAGCAGUUAAAGAAGAACAGAUGUUAGGAGGUGGGAGAUGCUUACAUGUCGCCACAUUAUUAUUAUUAUUAUUAUUAUUAAUAAUAAAAAAGGCACCUUGGUGUGGAGGCUCUGGGUAAAGAAAGGUCACAGGAUAAAGAGACUGUUGGCUGUGACAGAUGACUUUACAUGCAGAGAAUCUAUUUAUAUCCAGAGCAGCAUUUAGAUUUAUUUUGUGCGGUCACCUUAUGAAAUAGUCUUUUUAUAGUCCUGAUAAUUAAGCACUUGUUCUAGAAAAGCUGCACAAGUUUCCAGUCGAUCACUAGGUGGCAGUAUCUGCUCAUUCAUUUUAAUGGGGCAGAACUUGAACAGUGAAUCUAUUGCAACAUAUAGCAAACAUUACAAAUGUUUUGCAUUUGUUCAAAAUAAAGAAAUGUGAAGAUUGUGCCAUCUACUGGGAGGUGCUGUUGUAUUUUGAGUUAGAACGAUUGUGCAUUUGUGAUAAUUAUUAGAUCAUACUUAGGGAUAACUCAUGUUUAUAUACUCAUAAAUACUUCAGCUUUCAGCAGCUCAGUUAAAUCAUCAUGACACAGUGUAAUAUGAGUAAUAAUUAGAUCUUCUGUGUGAACGUUUGACCUGCGGUCGACCCCUUCAUGACUCAUCUGUUUUCAUAUUGACUAACAGCUCUGAUGCAAUCUGACCGUUUGUUUUUUAAGUACGGGAAAAGCUUUUUCUGCUUUCUGCUGCUCAACUUCCACACUUACAAUAAAGAUCUACAGUUCAUGAACCGUG